AAGGAAAACAUGAGAAUAUUAUAUCAAUCCUCGCUGCUGCGAUUGGAAGGGUGCAUUCUUCGCUGCUUCAACGGUUUCGUAUGGAUAGCUGGUCCCGCUUUUAUACUCAUCGCAGUAGCUCUGGUCGCGCUAGUGGCAUAUAUCUUUUAUACCGUCAACCUUCCCUUCUUGUUCCCUACACUUCAAACAUCUCCUGGCCAAGAUGAGAUACCUUCCCCAGCACAACGCCUAGCUCGACUUGCCACUGUGAUAUGGACUAUCUAUCUACUCUCCUGUUUGGCAUUUCACUAUUACAUGUGCAUCAUGACGGAUCCUGGUCGAGUCGUAGAUCGUCCGCGCAUUAUUGCAAAUGACACUGAGCGUGACCGUAAUUCGGAGGAUAUGGUCCUGUUCGAAGUCAGAACAGAACCUGUGCAGGAGCAACGAAUACCGCUCAAUAGGGAUAAUCAAGAAGGAGCACCCAAGGGCCGUUUUUGCAAAAAAUGCCGCCGACAUAAACCCGACAGAGCUCAUCAUUGUAGCGUUUGCCAAAGAUGCGUUCUUCGCAUGGACCAUCACUGUCCUUGGAUACAUAAUUGUGUCGGCUUCUACAACCACCGAUACUUCUACUUAUUUUUAAUGUACAUGUUUGUGGCAUGUCUUUACUACUUUGUUGUAUCCGUCAAUUUCUUUCGCUACGAAAUUCUUGGAAGCGGUGGGUUUAAAUGGCCAUACGAUCAAGCGCGGAUGGGCUUUGUGUUCUCUUUUCUCCUUGCUGGCGCCAUUGGGCUAGCUAUCGGCGGAAUGGCGGGUUGGCAUACCUGGUUAAUAGCCACAGGCCAGACAACGAUUGAGCACUACGGAAACCAGACGUCGAGGGAGAUUGCAAAGUCGCGUGGAGAUAUUUUUAUUAACGAGUACGAUCUGGGGACAAGGCGGAACUUUAAGGUUUUCUUUAAUAUCGGCAGAAGAUAUAAAUGGUGGACAAUUCUUUUACCAAUCCCAAUACCUCCAAUGGGAGAUGGCAGAACGUUUCUUACCAGUCAUGCCAUGUUAUCCUCGUCAGCACGAUCGACUUGGGUGGACGCUAGUGAUUACAGGGAUAUUAAUAUUGCAGCAUGAGCGUUCAGCACAAACUGUAUAUAAGCGCUUGAAAAACUUGUUCAAAAUUCUAACUUAUUUCAUGUCCCACAAACAAAAUGGUUUACACUGAAAACGAG